GUGAGACAUGAGCCGCUCCGCGCAGUUCACUUACUGGUACGUCUGGAGUCAGAGCGCUAAACUGACGGUGUCAGCGCAAACGGAUUACAAUUUGGACAACGGGUUUUUCUCAAAGAUGAAGAUGUACGAUCAUGCCCCCUAGAUAGCAGACUCUUUGCCUCACUGGCUGUCGGCCCCUCCGGAUUGGAGAGGAUGCCUCCCCGGAAGCGCACACGGCCCACCCUGGGCUUCCUGUGUUGCUUCAGCAGCAGUGAACCCCCUGAGAUCAACCUGAAAGACAGUGUACCACUGCAGCUGCUGGAGUUCAGUGCCCCCAUGCCCCCAGAGGAAGAACUGCAUGCCCGCUUCUCUGAAUUAGUGGAUGAACUGGAUCUCACAGACAAGAACAGGGAAGCCAUGUUUGCUUUGCCUGCUGAGAAGAAAUGGCAGAUCUACUGCAGCAAGAAGAAGGAACAAGAGGACCCCAACAAGCUAGCUACCAGCUGGCCUGAUUACUAUAUAGACCGCAUCAACUCCAUGGCAGCUAUGCAGACACUAUUUGCUUUUGAUGAAGAUGAAAUGGAGAUGAGAAACAAGGUGGUAGAGGAUCUAAAGACAGCCCUCCGGACUCAACCAAUGAGGUUUGUGACGCGCUUCAUCGAGUUGGAUGGCUUGACGUGUCUUCUGAACUUCCUGAAGAGCAUGGACUAUGAAACCUCAGAGAGCCGCAUACAUACAUCCAUCAUCGGCUGCAUAAAAGCCUUGAUGAACAACUCCCAAGGCCGUGCCCAUGUACUGGCCCACCCGCAGAGCAUCAACACUAUCUCCCAGAGCCUCCGUCAGGACAACAUCAAGACCAAAGUUGCUGUGUUGGAGAUCCUGGGCGCUGUUUGCUUGGUGCCCGACGGGCAUAAGAAAGUAUUACAAGCAAUGGUACACUACCAGAAGUAUGCUGCAGAGAGGACUCGCUUCCAGUCUCUUUUAAACGAGCUGGACAGAAGUACAGGACACUACAGGGAUGAAGUAAAUCUGAAGACAGCCAUCAUGUCAUUCAUAAACGCUGUGCUGAAUGCUGGGGUUGGAGAGGACAGUCUAGAGUUUCGCCUUCAUCUUAGGUAUGAGUUUCUGAUGUUAGGAAUUCAGCCAGUCAUCGAGAAGCUGAGAGCACAUGAUAAUGCCACACUUGACAGACAUCUGGACUUUUUUGAGAUAGUGCGGAAUGAGGAUGAGUUAGAACUGGCCAAACGCUUUGACAUUACACACGUGGACACCAAGAGCGCUGGCCAGAUGUUUGAGCUGAUCAAGAAGAAACUGAGCAACACAGAUGCUUACACCCACCUUCUAUCUAUCUUACAGCACUGCCUCCAAAUGCCAUAUAAACGUGGUGCAGGCAGUAUACAGCAAUGGCAACUUUUAGACCGCAUCCUUCAGCAAAUUGUUCUACAAGAUGAAAAGGGAGAAAAUCCAGAUGUUUCACCCCUGGACAAUUUCAACGUUAAGAACAUCAUUAGAAUGUAACAAACCAUCAAACCGUUUUCUCCUCUUCUGCAGAAAGAAACAGGAUCAACGGAUGACCUUUAUGUGAGCUCGCGCAAAGUCAAAGAGCUGUCUGUUAUUGAUGGACGGAGGGCCCAAAACUGUGUCAUCCUGCUUUCCAAGUUAAAAAUGAGCAAUGAAGAGAUAAAGAGAGCCAUUCUAGAGAUGGAUGAGAGGGAAGAGCUGGCUAAAGACAUGUUAGAGCAGCUGUUGAAGUUUGUUCCUGAGAAAAGUGAUAUUGACCUUCUAGAGGAACACAAGUAUGAGCUUGAGCGUAUGGCCCGGGCUGACCGCUUCCUGUUUGAGAUGAGCAGAAUCGACCACUAUCAACAGAGGCUCCAGUCUCUUUUCUUCAAAAAGAAGUUUGCAGAGCGUCUAGCAGAAAUAAAGCCAAAAGUUGAAGCUAUUCUGUGUGCGUCACGUGAGGUGAUGAGAAGUAAGCGCCUGACACAGGUUCUGGAAGUGGUUUUGGCCUUCGGGAACUUCAUGAACAAAGGACAAAGGGGCAACGCAUAUGGUUUCAAAGUGUCCAGCCUCAACAAGAUCAUUGACACCAAGUCAAGUAUAGACAGGAACAUCACCAUGUUGCAUUACCUGAUAAUGAUCUUUGAGAAAAAUUACCCGGACAUCCUCAAUAUUCAACAGGACUUGGCCACUGUACCAGAAGCUGCCAAAGUCAAUCUGGCUGAACUGGAGAAGGAAGUGUUUGUCAUUAGGAGUGGCCUGAAAGCUCUGGAGGCGGAGUUACGAUACCAGCAGAGCCGAGCAUGUGACCGGGGAGACAAGUUUGUCCCAGUGGUCAGUGACUUCAUCACAGUCGCUAGCUUCAGCUUCUCUGAACUUGAGGAACUACUCGCUGAAGCCAAAGAUAAGUUUUCUAAGUCUCUGAAGCAUUUUGGAGAGGAGGAAGGUUGCAUGCAACCGGAUGAGUUCUUUGGAAUCUUUGACAUAUUCCUGCAGUCGUUCAGCGAGGCCCGACAUGAUCUGGAGAACAUGCAGCGACGCAAAGAGGAGGAAGAGAGGAGAAUGCGCAUGGAGGCCAUGCUGAAGGACCAGCGGGAACGAGAGAAAAGAGCAAAGAAAAGCACCGGAGGCAGUGUGUCAGAGGAGGUGGGGGAGUUUGAUGAUCUCGUAUCAGCGCUUCGUUCCGGUGAAGUCUUCGACAAGGACUCUAAACUUAAACGCAACCGCAAGCGCUCUGUCAACCAACUGGUGGAUGGUGGGGGUCGUGAAAGACCAGUCACCAAGGUGAACUAUUGACCUCAGUGAAUACAGUUGGAAGGAGAUCAGAAUUUUAUAUUCACAGACUGACAGGGAAAUCUCUUGAAAUGCCAUACACUGCCCACUAAUUUCCCCUUUGCUCAGACCAGUAAUAACUGACAAGCUCAAAGAUGGACAGGCUCACUGUAAAAUAAUCUGGCUUAUCCGCAGAUGUGAAGGAUGCCCUGCAAUCUCUCUCUCUUCUAUUUUCUGCUUGUUCCUCCUUCUUGAUAUGUACAGUCACUCAUACUGAUCUCUUGCUCUUGUUUUUUUUGUGGCGAAAUGCACAACCUGAGUUCCAGUCUGGUGCUGCGAGGUCUCACAAUAAGUCAUAAGAGGUGCACAUCACUUGUUGAAUUCAUAUGGUUAUCCUUCUAACCUGCCAAGGUUAUUUUCCUUUCUCGGCCACCCAUUUCCAUGCUCUAAUUUUAGGAGAUUAGGAAAGAGUCCCAUUUUUGGAAAUCUGGUACCUCUAGUCUUCGGAUCCAACUGUGCUUUUCAAUUUAAAAGAUGCAGCUGGUGCUUCCUAAACCUGAAAAUGAAGGGGGCAAAAAAGAAAAUAUUGUUCAAUCCUGGAUGUUGGAACUACCACACAGGAAAUAUGACACUGUGGAUGCAGCCUUACAGGUUGGGAUACUCCUUCCCCAAGUGCCUCUACAUUAACGGCAUUCCGAGGACUACCUCCUGUAGGGAGAUACUGAUGAGAGAAAAUAGUACUUUCUCACAGAGAUACAGAGAAUAUGAAAACCGGAAGUCUAAAAAUACGCUGAGUGUAUUUAAUGGCAGAAAUUAAAUGAACCCGUUGGAUUGUUUUACUUCAUAAUUGGUCUCAUCUGUCAUAUACAACUGCACCUUUUAUCCAAAUGCCCUGAAGUAGCAUUCUAGGAAGGAAAGGACCAUGACAUUUUGUUUAAAGAAGCAGUUAUCUAUGAGGAAGUACUAAAAUGUGUCUUCAUCACUUCUUCAGGUUAACAUAUUGAACCUUUGGGCCUUGAUUAUAUUGAACAAAAUGAUGCCUUGCUAUCUAACUAUCUUACCAUCUAAAUGUGUAUAUCAAGAAACGCUAGGUACCCAGGUCUGGCAAAAAGUUUGUAGAGAGAUCCACUGAAUUUUAGACUUUGUUCUCACGGUCAACAUUAUGUAACCCACUUUGGUUUUCUUAUAUUUUGUUCAUAAUUUUUAAAUAACAUGUAUAUUUAGUGGCUGUAGUCAGGACAAAGGAUGCAGAUGUACAUACAAUGACCUUGUAGUUGGCAUGGUGUGGCAGAGAAAAUGGUUAGAGACAGGGAAGAUGAGAGGCCUCUGAUAUGGAUAUGGAUAUAGACACAGAUAUGAAGGCAAUGAGUCCAAACAUCUGAAGGGGAAUGUAGAGUCCAGUGAGAUGGUGAUCAUGGAUUGAGCCAAAAAAAAAAAUCAUGCACUUUCAUGCAUGAAAAAUCUGUGUCUUCUGUCCAUAUGGGGUCACAGUGGGAGUUCUGUAUAAGGCGAUUGUGUUUUUCUUUUAAGCGUUAAAUAUGGACACACAUGGUGCUGAUUGUCAAUUUUUGUGGGUACAGCUCUGCCCCUUCUGAUCCUGCUUAAUACACAAGUAGGGUGUGAGAGCAGGGCUUCUGGUAUAUCCAUAUUUCUUUGCGCCAGUAAGAUAAUUGAUUAACAGUCAAAAAAAUACACAAGUUUUAACUCUAAGCUUACAAGUGCCAUAACAACAGGCCAGUGCAGUCAUUCUCUCCUUUCUCACCUGCAUCAGCUCAUGUGUACGUAUUUAGAUUUAAUGAUAGAAAGGUGUAUAUUUAUGUUUGUUUGUUUUUUUAUAUACCAAAAAUAGUCAUUGCAGUCCUAUCUAUAUGAAGUCACUUUUUUGUGACUUAAUAGCUUGAGAUCGCUUAUUAUAUGAGUUAUGAGUAUUUUUGUACAACAGUUAGUUCCAGGUUUGACCUGAAAAGAGCAGACUGUGUUGUCUGGGACAUUUAGAAAAAGACAAUUAUUGCCCAUUUAAAUCUGAGCAUUUUAAAGAAGCUUUAAUCGGUCUGCAAUUAGUUUGAUUGCACUUCCUAAGGAUUCCCCAUAGAGGCUCUUAUUAGACCUUAUGGCAACGUUCUAAUCUUACGCUGCUUAAUUGGAGAUCAUGCAGAAUUAGGAAUGUGGGUUUGCACGAUUAACUGUUCUUUGUGCACCAAAUGAAUAUGACCCAACAGAAGGGAAGACAUACACUUUGUUAAACAAUUUUAUAAUAUAUUGUACUAAAAAAAAAUUUAAAAAUAAAAAGAUUUGGCCCCUUGCCAAAUUACAAUUGAGGGGUUUUGGGCUAUUUAUUUUCAUUUCCUUUACAUCUUUGUCAUUCUUGUCAUGAGAAGAGUGGUACUGCAGAUGCUAGGUUACAUUGUUCCACAGAACAGCUUUGGUGUUCUGCUUUUAAAGUUCCACAAAGUAUUCAAAUCUUCAGUAUUAUUAUUUGUAUCUUUUAUGUAUAUUUGGUCAUUGAUUGUCCAAAACAGAAAGUUAGCUAUAGUUACUUGAUGCACUUUUUUUGUAGGACAGAUUUUUCCUGCAUCACAAACCUGAGCAGCCAAAGGCUGAAAAUAAAGAAAGAAAAUCAUAUAAGUAUAUAUCAUAUCAAUCAUACAAGUAUAUUUUUUUAGUUAAGAAAUCAGGCCUACAUAGAUUAGGUGCAAGUUAACCAAUAAUCUGUGUUCCAUUGUUUUAUAAAACUGUCCUUUUCAGCUCUUUGAUUAUUGUGGAUUGAAUAUAGAUUUAUAUAGAUAUGAACUGUAAUAUGAAUGUUAAAGAAAAUGUAUUAUCUUUGGUACGUUACAAGAUAAAUAUAUGACUGUAUCUGAAAACACCAUGCCAACUGCCUAAAUGUAUCACUUGCUUUUAUAUUUGAGAUAUUUUUGAAAGAUAAUGUUUUGCCUCCCACUUCUGCUUGGACCAAUUGCACUUGAUGUUUUCCCUGUUGGCUCGAGUGGUGCACAGGUGUGGUUCUCUAAUAAUGUUGGUGUAUUAUUAUUAUCUGUGACAUGAAACGCAUCACACUUUGUAUGCGUUCAUAGAAUGCUCCACCCAUGAUUUUGACAGGUUGUAUUUGUGCCAAGAGCCCCAUUUUAAAGGUUGAUUUGACAAGGGCCUCACAUAAUGUAUAGUUCUCAAAAUAUUUUGUACACCAUCAGUUUGAGGAAUGUGGAUUUUUCCCCCCUGUAAAUUGAAGCUCUAUUUAUUUGCCUUACUUAGUUUGCUAUAUUUUGUAUGUAUACACAGCAUUAUGAAAGAAAUGGUAUAACUGUAUUGUGAUUGAUAUUUGUUUGUAUGAGAAUGACAAGCCUUUCAUUUAUAUAUAUUUGUUUGUUUAUGGUCUGACUCUCAACCCCUCCACCUGACCCCCUUUCCAUGUGACAUUUUGUAGGGUAAAAAUAAACUUGUUUCACUGACAUCUGCGUAAACCUUUUACUUUGGGUUACACUUCUGUACAGCUGGCUCUUAAAUCACACAUAUGUCCAAUGUUGUACUAUGAAUAUCCUAGGCACAGUCAUCCAUUUAGCAAUGGCAGUUCUCACAGCUGCAGAAGUUGUUUCUCACGGUGCAACACUGCCUUCUUCUGGUCACAGAAUAUUUCAGUUAUUUUAUCCAAACCAACUACUGCAGUUAAGACACAGAGCAUAUUACACAUUAUAAACAUCAAUUAUAUUAGAAACUUAUGAUGAACAGCAUUCUGACAAAUGUUCAGAUGAUUCAGAUAGUGAUUUCAAUUUUAUGUAUAAAAGAAAAUUAACAAUGGUUUAACUAAUCUUGUUUGUUCAGACAAGUCAGAGGCUGAAUUUACAGUACUGUUGUAGCAAGUAUUCCAUUUUUUUAAAAAUGUUGAAAAACUAUUUUAUAUGAUAUGAAAAUGUAUUUUAUUCAAUAUGGGCCUCGUUCAUAAAACACAAGCAGAAUGUUAGUUCAUAAAACUACUGUAACAUACUGUAAUGAAUUUGAUUUGUUCUGCUCGUUACAUGAAAGAGGCUAUACAGAAACCAGAGGUAAUGUAAUCUAAUAGAAAGUGGAUGUUUCAUAAGAAAAUACUGUCACACAGUAUACAGCCAAAGUGCACAUUUUCAACAAGCCUUUUGAAUAGAGUGCUGCGGUGAUGACAUUUUUGUAGGCCAAUGAACAAAAGUUUAUGAUUCUUACAUCACAAUAAUCUUCACACAACUUCAACUUUUUGAAAGUGUAAAUACAAUCUGCAGGCUCUAAACAAACUACAGCACAGCCACAUGAUUUCAAUGACACCACCAUUAAUUCC